GCGGUGGUAGCGACUGGGGACAGGGCACAGCACUGGAUGGACUCUCGAGACUGUGAGGCCGAUGCGGCUCCCGGGCCCCGCGCCUGCGACUGCGUGGCCACCUGGUGGGACAUGGUCCUGAGGAAUCUGCAAUCUUUUCCACACUCCUGUUCAACACUCAGAGGAAAAAUUGCUGCUCUGUAUAACAGCUUUACGAGUAAACCAUUAAAAGAACACAUUUUUCCUCCUCUGAUGGACAUGCUGAUUUUUUUUAAUUUUUACAAAGCUCCAUUUCUUGUGGAUCUGAAGAAACCGGAGUCUAAGAUUCCUCAUACGGUGAACUUCUAUAUCAGGGUUGAACCCCGAGUGAUGCUGGGAAUCUGGCACACAGUCCCCAGCUGUCGGGGGGAAGAUGCCAAGGGGAAGAACCGUUGCUGGUAUGAAGCGGCCCUUCAUGAUGGGAACCCAAUUAUUGUUUAUCUUCAUGGCAGUGCAGAACACAGGGCAGCCCCUCACAGACUUAAGCUGGUAAAGGUGCUGAGUGACGGUGGCUUUCAUGUUUUGUCUGUUGACUACAGAGGAUUUGGGGACUCUACCGGGAAGCCCACAGAGGAGGGACUGACUGCGGAUGCUAUUUGUGUCUAUGAGUGGACCAAGGCAAGAUGUGGUGCCACUCCUGUGUGUCUUUGGGGCCACUCUCUGGGUACAGGAGUUGCAACAAAUGCUGCAAAAGUUUUAGAAGAGAAAGGAUGCCCAGUUGAUGCCAUUGUCUUGGAAUCUCCAUUUACCAACAUAUGGGUUGCAAGUAUCAACUAUCCCUUGUUAAAGAUUUACCAGAAGCUGCCAGGAUGUUUACGUGUGCUUAUGGAUGCCCUAAGAAAAGACAAGAUAGUCUUCCCCAGUGACGAAAAUGUUAAUUCCUGUCUUCUCCCCUGCUCAUCUUACAUGGAGAGGAUGAUAGAACCGUGCCUGUGGAGUGUGGAAAAAAGCUCUAUGAAUUGCACAUGAUUCCUAUAGGCACAAAGAGAGGGUCAAGAUGGUUAUCUUUCCUCCUGGCUUCCAUCACAACUUUCUUUAUGAAAGUCCCAUACUGUUAAGAACUGUGAGAGAUUUCCUGAGCGAGCAGUGGGGCAUGAGGUCAUGAGAGGCAGCAGCAAUCUUCACUGAAGACUUGGUCCAAACACCACCGACAGUGUAUAUUUUCCUUAUGCAACAUAUGAGUGACAUGGAAUGUUCUUGUUUAACUCAUCAUAAUCUACUUUGAAACAUGCUGAAACCUCAUUGUUACAGAGAAUCAGAAUUUGAUAAAAUCUGGAUCCCAUCUAAAAAUGUGUAGUCAUCAGACAUCCUGGGAUAUCUGUGAGUAAGGUGGUUGCUAUGGUGGGAACAUCUGUGUCUGGCCCUGAAUUCAUACGUCAAAAUCUACUCACCAACGAUAUGAUGUUGGGAGGUACAGUCUUUGGGGAGGUGACUGGAUCCUGAGAGCUGGUCAGUCAUGAACAGGAUUAGUGUCCUUAUAAAAUAGGCCCAGAGGAGCUCUGUACCUCUUCCACCAUGGGAGGACACAACAAGAAGGCCCCAUCUAUGAACAGAAAGUGACCCCACCAGACACUGUAUCUGCCAGUCCCUUGAUUUUGGACUUCUCACCUCCAGAACUCUGAGAAAUGAAUUUCUAUUAUUAUAAGUUAUUCUGUUUUUGACAUUUUGUUAAAGCAGCCUGAAUAGACUAAGACAUGGUCUUUGAUUUGGACUUAGCAACAUUAAAAAGGCACUUCACUGUAGUUAAAUAGCACUAAAAGUUCCAAGCAGUUUUCCAGCUUUCUGAUUAGUUUAGGGAAAGUCCUAGCAGGUUUCUGAUCCGCUAUUCAGUAAUAAGUUUUGGUACUCCCAGAGUCUUUAGAAAUUGACACUUUAUUUUAAUCCUAAAUACAGCCAUACAUGUUCCUUUCUGUUCCCAGAGAUACUUGACUAUUAGCUAACAAAACAAAACAAAUAAAUGAAUGUUGUCAGAAUGUUCAAAUUUAAUAAGAAGCUAUUUUUUUAGAGCCAUGUUAUGAUUCAAUUUCCAUUGGCUUUGUUCACCCCAUUGCUAGAUUCAUUGGACAGGGAGAUCUUUAGAUCCGAAGGUUCCAUGCUCCAGAUGUCCCUGGCAUAUUCCUUAAUUGUCCGGUCACUGGAGAAUUUCCCCGAGGCAGCUAUGUUUUUGAGUACCAUCGUGUUCCAGGCUUUCUGAUUCUGUGAACAAGAUAUGCACGUACAGCCUCAGUGCCCAGCAAGCUUCAUGACAAACAUCAGGCCAAGCACAUUUCACGGAGAAAAUGACAGGAGUAAACCGUAGUGAAUUAUAAACACAUUCUCUCCAUAGUUGACAGAUAGGUAUGGACUGUACUUUUCUCAUAUUCAGAGCAUAUUUCUCUUAGGAACAAAAAAUAAAAUUUUUUUUUUCAUUUUAAGAGAAACCAUGAAUGUGACUCUCUAGUUGGUAAUUCUGGUACACUUAAAAUGCUUUGGCAUGUAAGCCACAUACAUUUCCCAUGCUAUAUUAUGAAGGAGGACACCUCCCUUUAAAUUAUGGGGCAGGAAGAGACUAACAGUCAUUGUCUGCAAGAUGCCAUGUCAAGAGAUUUGACUUGAAAAACUCUACUCUAGAAUGUUAGCUACAAAGCAGUGAAAGUCUGUUGAGCCACUUAGCUUCUCUUGCUUUUUGUGAAGGUACCUCGCCCAGUAGGUUUACACUAAAUCCCAAAUACUCCAUUGGGGAUCCAAAACAGGGUGAACAAAGUCACCUUAAUAAAAAUAUAAUAUUGCAAUUUCAUGGUUUUAUGUAAAAAAAAAUAAAAUGAUGUUAAUUUAUAGCCUCAUGAUUUGCAAAGAAACUCUGAAAGUUCAUUGAGAGUUACUCAAAGUCAUUAACCAUGAAUUAUAAGCCUUUAAGAGAAAGACUACAUUAUACCUUAAGGUACUGCAAAACUGAGUCGGAAAUUAGUUCAGACUUUUGAUACUUACUAUGAUAAGAGGGGAAACAAAGCUUCCUAUCCUCCCUUUCUUCAACUGUUGAAAUGGAUAGUGAAUAGCUUUCCCAAUUAUGUAGGUCAUGUAUACUGAGCCUCAAGAAUGCAAUUACUGUUAAGAGUGGAAAACUGCAGUUUGCACUAUUAAACAAGCAAGAUGGAAUCAAAUGCUGGGUUUCUAGACAAUUCCUUUGGGAUUGGGCCACAAAUUUAACAGAGGAGAUCCACUGUGUAAAACUGACACUUACAUUUGUCCCUGUCCUUGUUCAUAUCUUCCUUUCCUUUUCUGUUCUACUUACAUUUUCCUUUCUCUGUCUUUGAGUUCGUGAGGGCUAUAUGUGGCUGCUGUCUCCAAGUUCAAGAAGCAGGUAGUGGGCCACUUAGCUUAGCUCUAGUGCUGCCUCACUUAUUCAAAGCUGUCAACCUGAACUUAUCUGAUGAUAUACUAAUAGGGGAUAGGUGUGACUCAAACCAGAAGAUAAGAGCCAGAAAGCAGAAAGGCCUUGAAUGAUCCUGUUUGAAAACCCUAAUGGGACAUCCAGGAUGACUAGGAACUACCUGUUUGUCACCUGUCAUGGGAAAGGCAUAGAAAGCAAUGUUAGUGGUGCCCUCCCAGGAGUCUUGGCACAGAGUCACCUCCUCCUCUGGGACCUGAAAUUACUAAGUCUCUCUUAGCAGACGUGACCAACCUUGACACAUCUUUAUAAAAUAUACCUAGAGGACUAUUUGAUAAAGGUGUGUCAUUUUGCAUGUGAGGCUUAUUCAUAUGACUCUAGCCUUUAAACUUUUUCAGUAUACUUUUUUUAAACAUAAAACAUAAAACCUCUCCUCCUUCUAUACAAUUUUAUUCCAUUUCUAUAGCCCUACUCUAAUAGUUGAGGAGAGGUACUUUGCAAUUUUCAAAGAAUAGGGGGUUGGUUCUUAUUUCAAUAAGCUAAAAGUCAACUUUAGAAAUACCUUGGUGGGUUUUCCAAAUAUUAAUGGUAGAUACCACACA